AUGGAUGAUAAUGCAAGGCCACAUAGAGCGAGAAGGGUCCAGCGGGUUCUAGAAAGGGGCCAAAUAGUGAGAUUGCCGUGGCCUGCGAACAGCCCAGACAUGAACCCCAUUGAAAACAUUUGGGACACUAUAGCUCGAGCCGUACGGAACAGAAUAGAUCCACCUACAACCCUAAAUGAGCUGGCUGCAGCAGUAAAUGAAGAGUGGAAUAAUUUACCCCAAGAAAGCAUUAACCAAAUAAUAGGAAUGCAAGGCGUGUUAACGCACUGCUAA